AUGUGCCCCGACACCGUCUCCAAACAUUUGUCACCGCGUGAAUCCGCCAAAUUUAUCACGGAGCACGCGGACCACGUAAAGGUCAACAGUGCUGCGAUUCAGCCUUUAGCACAGAAGUUCUACGAUGAUCUCAAGACGGGCACUUUUGGCUCCUCGUGGACAGACAUUCCGAUGCACCGCAAGACUAUGGACGCCUCCACUGUGCGUUGGAUAUUUUUGGUUGACUCUCUCAACUUCUCCUUCUGGACUGAGGACGUGAAGUAUGCCGUCUCCUUCCGAGGCGAAAAUCAUACGGGUUAUAUGGCGCUCUGUGCUGCCGUGAAUCGAGCGCUCGAG